CACACAUGGCCUCCAGCACGCAUCAGAGAUGUGUCCUGUGGCUGUUGUGCCUGCUGGCGUGCUGGGCGACGCGCGGCAGCUGCGGGCCCCCACCACGACCCCCACCCCUGGCCGUGGAGGACCUGAGCGGUGAGGACGAGCAGCAAGAGGCGCAGGCUCAGGAGCAGGUGGCCAUCCUCAAGCAGAUCAACCGCGUCAACGACGACGGCUCCUACACCUUCGGCUACGAGGCCGCCGACGGCUCCUUCAAGAUUGAAACCAGGGAUGUGCAGGGCAACGUGAAGGGCAUGUUCGGCUUCAUCGACGAGAGCGGCACUCUCAAACGCGUCUCGUACUCCGCGAGCAACGGCACGGGCUUCCAGACGAAUGACCGCGCCUCCGCUGCGCACCCGCUGACGUCACGCGUCGUCAGGCCGUCGCUGCGACAGUUCGGCCUGCGCAACGCGCUGGAGCCCACGCCGGCGCCGCGGCCGGGGGUCAUACAGGUGAUACCGCGCACGCGCAAACAGGGCUCCACUACGACGACGGCGCCGUCGACGACCGUGACGCCGGAGCCGACGUCCACCUCGACCGAGUCGUCGACCAGGCGCUCGCUGUACCACCCGGCGCUGCUGGUGGGCCGGCCCACCGCCACCACGACGCCCAGCGCCGAAGGCGACGCCGGGCGUCGCGACGCCGUGCUGGACGCCAGGCGCCGGCAGCGUCUGCACGACCCGGCGGCGCUCUUCAGGCAGCUGGCGGCGCGCCAGCAGGCGGCGCAGCAGCGCAAGGUGGUAUUCGUGACCAGACGGCCAUCCGUAGAGGAAGAAGGUGAGGAGGAUGCGACGCAGGCAGCCGACGAAGACGGCGAGGACGAGAACACGCAGGCGGAAGAGGCGGCAGCCGCUAUAGUCCACGAGAAGCAGCAGGAGGCGGCGGCCAAAGAGCGUGGCAGGGCGUCUCCUGCCAGGGGAAACGCGUUGCGCAGGCAGCUGGCGCCGGAGCAGCCACUAUACUACUACGUGCCGGCGCAGCCGCUGUUCACCAGGUACCGGUCAGAGGAGGCAGACGAAGCGUACGUGGAUCCGGGCACAACGACGGCGAGGCCGGUGCCGGAGACGCCGUUCCGCGGCCUCUUCACUGCGGGAAGGCCUCCGCCCCCGGGCAGCGCGUCGCCGGCGCAGCUGCUGCAGGCGCUGGCCGCCUACGCGAGGGACGGCUCCCAGCAACAGCAGCAGCAGGAGCCACUGCCGCAGCAGGAGCCCGGCUACAGGCUGCUCCCUGUGCCCGCCGACCCUAGAGACCCUGCUGCUGUGGUGGGUGAUCCCAGCCAGCUGGAGGCGCAGGCCCAGCAGCUGCUGCUGCGGCUGCUGAUGGCCCGCCGGCCCAGACCGCGGGGUCCCCCGUACCGGCCGCUGCCCGCCUCGCCGUCACUGACGCCCUUCCAGCAGGCGCUGAUGCAGACGCUGCUGGGCUCGGAGCUGCCGCCGGAGCUGCUGCAGGAGCUGCUCAGGCCGCAGGUACCGCCGUACGCGCCGCCGCCUUAUGCGGCGUCUCCGUACGGCCCAUAUCCUGGACAACCCGCAGGGUACCCCUACCAACCGCAGCCACCGCCCGGCGCCUACGCGCCCUACCCUCCACCCCCGCCGCCGCCACCUACGUACGCCCCUGCGCCACCCACGACUCCGCCGCCACCACCGCCGCCUCCAGCCCCACCAGCGCGGCCUGCAGCGUACCCGCCCCCACCGCCCCCCGGCUACCCGCCGCGGCCUGACCUGCCGCCACCCGGCGCCGCCCCCGGGCAGCCUCCAGCGGGCACCUACCCGCCGCCCACGGCUCCUCCGCCGACACCGCCGCCGCCCCCGUACAGCCCAGAGGUGGGCGUCGACCCGCGGGCGUACCCAGGGUACCCCAGUUACUCUGUCAUCUACGACCCGGAGCGCCGCAUUCUGCGGUAUCGGCCCAGGUACCCACCUCCGCCGCCACUGCCGCCUCCGAUAUACGCCAGACCCUACCCGUACUUCGUGCCUGGACCCUACGGCGAUCCGCAGGUGCUGGCGCCGCAGCCGCUGCCGUACGACAUCCCGCAGAUCCAGCACCGCACCGGCGGCGCCCGCUCGGCCGUGGGCACUCCUCGGGAGCUGAUGCCCGACGAGUAUCGAGAGGCGCUCUUUCUGCGCAUGCUCGCUGCGGUUCGCGCAGCGCAACAGCAGCAGCAGCAAGCGGCAGUCUUAUCCUCAUCUACCACGGCGAGUCCAGUGUAUCAGGUGACAGAGUCAUCUGAGAGUUCCACCAGCUCCGUCAGCUCGACGAGCUCGACCACUCCGAGCACAUCGACGACCACGGUGAGGCCCACGUAUUACAGGACACCGACGCCAGUGCGCAGCGUGCAGAUCCUGGACCCUGGCACAGAUCCCGCCACUGAGGGCUCCUCCAAAAGGUCCGUGGACGCAGCCACAGACACCAAGGGCAAGAGGGAGGCCAGCCAGGGCGCUGCUGCUGCUGGUUCUGACCAUAAGGCUGGAGAGGAGGCUAUCGAGACGGCUGUGGACAGCGCCAUUGAAACAAACAGUCAGAAGGCGGUGGGCAGCGUCACCGAAACAACUAGCGAGAAGGCGGUGGAAAACACGACAGAGGCAGCCAGCGAGAAGGCGCCGGUGGCUUGACGACAGCGCGCGUCAGCGCAGCACACGAACCUUCGAUUCCAGCAGGGAUCAGAUGAACUCCCAGCUGAUGUAAUGGAGCAUAGGAGAUGCUCUACAAGUAUUUUUUUUGUCCUCAUGACAUACAGAACUUAAUUAUGUCACCAAUGCCGGACACAAAUCCAAAGAUGCUCUCUGCUUUUGUCUCCUUGUAACAUUAGUUCUCUACGGCUAGCAUAGUUUAGUUCCUGUAAUAUGAAUUUCAGCAGUAAGGUAGAAUUACCUUUACGAAUCAGUCGUAUAAGGACCUACCGUAGAAACAAUGUUAAUGGAAACAAGCGUAGACUCUGCUUAUAUCGAAGACUCAGCAAGUGUUGCUUUAAAGUAAACCGACUGAAGUAUUUAAAAUUGCGAUGUAUUUCCUGAGUGCUGCAAUGGUUCUUCUAUUAACUGCACUAUGACUUAUUUUGCUUGGCUCAGCACUACCUUAAGUGACCCUCACACAUUAUCUUAAAGACUUGUACACAGCUCAGUUCACUUGUACUUAUUCUGAUGUGCCUGGCGAAUUACCAGUUGGAUUUGGUGAACGUUUCCCAUUUUUGACGUUAUAUCAGGAUCCUUCAAAAUUUUUGUGUUCAACAAUCCUCAAACUGAUUUCUUAUCACAAUUUUUGUCCUGUACGUUAGAUAUAACGUAUGAAUCACAGCUUAUUGUUAUUGCUUGCUUUUGUGUACAUUUUUGUCAACAAUGUGCAGAAAAAGACUUCCUAUAUGUACUUCUGUGCUGUGAACAUGUUUGUUUAUAUAGAAGUACGUGAGUUUUUUAAUCAUCUGCAUUAUAAUUUUCUUUAGCACUACCCAUUACAUAACUAUGAAAAAAGAACCAAAAACUGUUAUUCGAUAGGAAGUACGACACGUCCCUGUAAUUCAAAUGGAAAAUUGUCAAAAAAAAAUGGUACU